AUGGAUGAUAUAGACUGGAACUCAUAUAUAACAUUUCCUAAUAACACUGGUUUGAAUAAUUUUAGUCAUAUGAAUCUCACGUCGUCUUCUGGAUCCUCUAAUGAUAAUUUUGGCGAUAUGGAUCUUGCUUCACCUUCUGAACCUUCUAAUAAUUUUGCUGAUAUGAAUCUCCAACCAUUUUCUGAAUCCUCUGAUGAUGAAUUUGACGAUAUGAAUUCCGUAUUAUUUGCUGGGCCUUGUAAUAAAUUUGACGAUAUGAGUCUCCAACCACCUUCCGAAUUAUCUAACGAUUAUUUUGAGGAUAUGAAUCGUCUACCUCUUUUUAGAUAUGAAAAUAAUAACCUAGUUAAUACAAGACUCUCUUUAUCACUUUCUGAAUCCUCUAAUAGUUGCUCACUUUCUAUACAUGGAAAUACCUCAUUUAGUAACCAUAAUAGUGAUUUUGUUAAUACUAAUAUAAGUUUUUCUGAAUAUAAUGAUAAUUUAGAGGAUUCAA